AUUUCCUUAAAAAUCCUAAAAAGAAAAAAAUAAACCCAUAUGAUAACGGAAGCCCAUCUUCGAAAAAAAAGGGCCAUUUUUCUUUUCUUACUCAGAAUCAGAAACCCUCUAUUCGCCGCCCAAGCUCUCACCGUCCACGGCGGCCGGGUAAAUAACUACCACUACAUCACUGCACACACCAACUAGGUAACACAAUUUUUAUUUCUUUUCGGUUUCAGCUUUAGUAUAUAGUACAGAUUAAAAGAAGAAGAGGUGUCUGCAAAAAUCGGAAAAAUGGCCUUGAAGUUGCUUUCUGAGAGAAGACUCUCAAUACUUCUAAAGUUUCAUUUCCCGUCUCCUCUUCAUUCUCUUUCUACCUCUUAUUCGUCAAAAUUUCACCAUUUAAGACCUCUGUUCCUAGAAGCUUCGAGAGCUCUCAAUCACUAUUCUAAUGCUCCCGAUCUUCUUCACUCUUCUUCCUCUAGAGAUUUCUGCUCUCGUCCUCUGAAUCUCGAUGCUCACUCUCAAGGGCCUGCCACCAUUGAUUACAGUUCCCUUCUACAGGAAGAUGAAUUUCACAAACUAGCUGAUUCCACAAUCCAUGAUCUUCAAGAGAAAUUCGAGGAAUAUGGAGAUGGUGUCCAAAUUGAUGGAUUUGACAUAGAUUAUGGGAAUGAGGUAUUGACUCUAAAGCUUGGAGAUUUAGGCACCUAUGUGUUGAAUAAGCAAACGCCCAAUAGACAACUUUGGUUGUCUUCUCCAGUGAGAAGAGCUGCAUGGUCCAUCCAGGUAUGAUUGGGAUCGGAAUGCUGAAGCUUGGGUUUAUAGGCGGACAAAAGCAAAUUUGUUUGAAGUCUUGGAAAGUGAACUGGAGCAAGUCUGUGGUGAACCUAUCAAACUUGCUUAGUCGUAGUCAAUUCUGCCAUGUAUUCUGGGUUUUCUUUUUUACUUUUUGAAGUUUAAAUCUUUAUUUCUAUUUUGUUCUUGGCAUAGAUACUAGACUAAUUGAUACAUCUAGGGGGCUUCUUUUUUUUUUUUUUUGGUCCAGCAUCUAUUUACAGAAACCUAUCCAACAGCCUUGGCCAUGACUGCCAUUUAUCCAAAACAAAUAAAAAAAAAACUUCAUGCUUUAA